AUGACUUCGCUCCAAGAAAAGACGGCAUACUUUGACCAGCUCAAACCUCUCUACAGCGACGACGAGUUCGACGCGAAGGAGCAAGACGAGAGGAAGCAAAGCCGCGGUUUCUUCAAGGCCAAAGCGGCGACACGGUCGCCUAUUCGUCAAGAACCGGUCGUGCUAGACCUAACUGAAGAUGAACCUCAAGAGGUGAAAUCAACCCCUAGGAGGGUCGCCUCAGCGCCGACUCCAGUUCCAAGUGGUAGCACAAAAAUCAUCAAAGGCACCCCAAUCGCAGCAUCGGGCCAGAAAGGAAGACUCGGCCCAUUGAUGAAUACGCAGAGUGCAGAGGUCAUUCUAGUAGACGACACCCCUAUCCCUGACUCGACUCGGCCUGUUCGAAGGGGGAUCUCGAGGGGUGAUUCUACACCGGUGUUCCCUUCGAAGCGGUUGUUGGGGAGUAUGAGAGAAGACUCGCCAUCUCUCAGCAUCGCCAUGAAGAAACGGAAACGGGAACCCGCGUUGAAGCUACGGCCCGAGCGCGAGCAACUUUUCAAAGACCUUUCGUUUUUCUACGUUCCAGACAACGAUAUUGCGCCCGCGCGACGGCUGAGGAUCACAAAGGCCAGGGAGUUUGGCGCCACUUGGACGAGGAAUCCGGGCAGCGCAACUCACAUCAUCGUGGAGAAGAACAUUGCCUUUAAGGACGUCGAGGGCGUUCUAAGAAGUGCCAGCAAAGAUCUACCACCCAAGGUAGUCAACGAAGACUAUCCAAUCGACUGUAUCCAGUUUAAGGCUAUACUCCAAUGCAACCAGAAGAAGUAUCAGCUUACGGGCCAGCCAGGAGCCUCGACAUCGCUUGUUUCGAAUGAGCCAAAUACAUCAGCUCAGUCUCUACAGCUCAAGCCACCGCAAAGGAAUCCAAGGAGAUGGGAUUAUAUUCCUCCUAACGGCACACCGACUCGGAGCGAGGAAUCUCCGCAACCGAGUCGAGUUGCUCUGACUCCGAUGCCCACAGACUCCCAGCCCGUCGUUCUCGAUUUAGAAGCAUUUGUGGCAUCUCCCCCAAACAGUUCAAAUCGUGACCAGGUCUCGGCAGGCCACAAGGCCACAAACAGUAUCAGCUCAAAAGCAGCUGUCACGCGACACCCACCAGAAAGGGAUGAGCCCAAGGAUGAGCUCACGGAGUACAUCGCACUAAUGCAGGAGUAUAAGGACCUACCCUUGGAUGUGGAAGAGGAAGAUGCCCAUCCCGGGCCGGAACUGGGGGAUGACGGCUCGGAUGCCGUUAAUGCCUCGGGUUCUGACGAUGAGCAGCUCCAGAAGCGGAAACUAAACAAGAGGAAAACGGGACCCGGUCGCAAAGGCUUGGCGUACGAGGACCGAUUUGCCUGCAACUUAGCUGGGGUCAAAGACGCUAAGGCGGGCAAUCCCAACACCCGCACCAUUGAAGUGCUGCAGCUCAUGGCUGACUAUUACGAUCGAGUCAACGACAAUUGGCGAACAACGGCCUACCGCAGGGCUAUCAACACCCUCAAGCGUCAGGACGUCAAAAUAACGACGGAGGAAGAGGCAUUCAGACUCCCAAGUAUCGGGGCACGCCUGGCCCAAAAAAUCGAGGAGAUUGUCACGACGGACAAGCUGCAGCGGCUCGAGUACGCCCAGGACGAGCCUAUGGACGAGGUACUCCAGCUCUUCUUGGGUAUAUAUGGCGUGGGGAAUCAUCAGGCUCAGCAAUGGAUCGCGCAAGGGUUUCGCUCCCUGGAGGACCUGAGGGAAAAGGCGAGCCUCACCCAAAACCAAUUGGUCGGGCUGGAUCACUAUGACGACCUCAACACUCGGAUCCCACGACGCGAAGUCGAGGCCCUUGGUGCGGUUGCGAAAAAAGCAGCCCAGAAGGUUGACUCACAGGUGCAGCUCAUCGUCGGGGGAAGUUACCGGAGAGGAGCAGAGACUUCUGGCGACAUUGACUUCAUCAUCACCAAACCCGGGACGGAGUCUUCCAGCGACCUGCGACCAGCCCUCGACGGCAUUGUGCAGCGACUCGAGGCCGAGCAAUUCCUCGUCGCCAGGCUAGCAUCGUCCAGGACAGCCAGCGAUGGCAGCAAAUGGCAUGGGUGCUGCAUCCUGCCCAAGAUCAGCGGGUUCAACGACGACAAUUACCGGCCUAUAUGGAGGCGCAUCGAUUUCCUGCUGGUUCCCGAGUCAGAGAUGGGGGCUGCGCUCAUUUACUUUACGGGCAACGACAUCUUCAACCGCAGCUUGCGGCUCCUGGCAUCCAAGAAAGGCAUGCGGCUCAACCAACGCGGGCUGUACAAGGAUGUGAUGCGCGGGCCGCAACGGGUCAAGUUGACGGAGGGGGAGCUGGUGGAGGGACGGGACGAGAGGAAGAUUUUCCAGAUUCUGGGCGUUAAGUGGCGAGAACCUCAUGAGAGAUGGUGUUGA